GGCCAGGCACCCACACAACGGCAAAACUGCUCCGUUUUAUUUCAGAGGGACGGGGAGAAUUAUUUCUCACGCAUACUGGGAUAAAUGCAUGGAUGCUCAACUGUGGAAUCACAGACACGCGUUCCUUUGCCCCGGUUCUGCCGCGUCUAGACGAGGGGCGCAUGCGUACCGAUGCCGGGAAACACCUGCGCGCGCAGCAAUGUUUCAAGGUUCAGGAGCGGACGGAUUGUUUUGAGAGUUUCGCUCCGAAAUGAAAUUCUCUGGGUCGGGAAUUAAUUGUUCGAUAAACGGAUUUAUUCAUUUAAUUUUUGCUCAGAAAAUUUGGUGGGGUCCAUUCUGGUGGAGGAGUUUAACAUUUUUGGGAAUUUUCGGGGCGCAAAAGUUGUGCAUUCAUGUAUAUUCUGUGAAGUUGUAGUUUUUUAGCAGUCAAGCGGCAAAAUUGUUCGAUUUGACUCGGUUCUCAACUGAUUUUGAAGAGUACCUUCAAAUGAAUUGAGGAGACGAGAUUCGUCAGGGGCGACAAACGUUGGAAGAAACCUUAAGGACGGUCUAGACUCGGUCGGGGAAUUCAAUGAAGGCUAAGGUUUAAUUACUUUAUUGCAGUUUACGGGACUUACGGAGUUGUUUAAGCCGGGUCGGCUGGACUUAGGGUCUCACAAAGGAAGUGCUGGAGGGGAUGUCAACGAUAAUUAAUUAAUCUUCAAAUUUCAAUGGACGGUCCAGGGACAUUAACUUGGGAGGAGUUUAUCCUAAAUGCCAAGAGUUUAGUUCGAGUUUCAAACGAAAUUUCGGACAGCUGGGAACUCCGUGGUGACGAGGAAGUACCUGGACAGGCUUAUUUAUGCAGAAGUGUAAAGACUUUUGUAUCGAGCGAUUUGGCGGCUGCAUUGGGUGGGGAAAAUCGGCGAGAGAACCUGGGAAAUCUGGAUGAUGUUGAUGAUCCAUUCGAGGCGAAGAGGGUUGAGGAUUCCCCGAUGUGCGUAGAGCACCACAUAUUGUGGUCCAUGAGCUAUGGGGUUCCGGUGCUCUACUUCAACGCUUGGAUAUCAGAUUUCCCGGGGGUGAAUGCAGUGACAGUCGAAUCAAUACAAAAUCUCGCGCAACAGGGAGUAGGCUACAAUGAGCUAUCGCAAGCAGUGCAUCCAAUUCUAGGAACAAUAUUUCUGCAGUUCCACCCUUGUUUGUCGAGGGAGUUAAUUCAGAACACAUCAAAAAGUAACAACAAAUUGAUCAGCUGGCUGAGUACAGUAGCUCCAUCAGCCCUAAACUUGAAACUGAGAGGAGAGUACUUCAACCUGACCCUCGAGGAAAGUUCAAUCAGUUGACAACGGUCAUAAUUGUCGUAAUUUUCACCCAGCGCGAUAGCACCGUUGAUAAUCGACAAUGGAGGAAUAAAAAUGGUGAAAGGAAAUCGACACGAAUAGCUACGUCAAUAUCCCUCAACAAAAAGCUGGCCUGAAUGGCGAAUUGGUCAGGCUGACUUAUCACAGUCCUCUGGCAUUGUGUCACCAACUUUUUUUUUUUUCGAUGAAAGCGGAUUGACCAUCUCCGAGGAUUUUGUUUAAUCAAUGAGUGCCACCGUCGGAGGGUUAAAUCCUCUCAUUAUUCGUUGGAUGUAGCGAGUGGGACGUACGUACACACAUGUCUGCCAUUGAUGAUGAGAUUAUUGAUCCCGGGAGAGUCAACGCUCGUGUGAAAUCCCAGAGCUUGAAUUUUCGCUUGCGAAUGUGAAUUGAGAUUUGAAAAUAAAUUGAAUUUCCACGUCCUUUCCAAUGCAUCUAGCAAUUUUAUUUCACUGAACUGUUAAUAAUAACCUGUGUGAAUGAUUAGAAAAGGCGGCAGUAGUAUAUGUCAUCAUCAGAUCGACCGAAAUUUUUCUAGCGAGCAUGAGUUUGCCAUCAAAGGGCGGGCUAUAAAAAUUUUUAUAUGUCACUAGGGCUGAUAGAUCACGAUUGUAAUCUCCCUUCGAUUACAUCGCGUUUUCGGGUCGCCGAAAAUAUUACAUGUGACGCGAUCAUAAAAGUGUUAUCUAACGAAUGUGAUUAUAAUUCUCGGCAUCUGAUCAGAUUAUAAAGUCACAUUCAUCUGAUAAUACUUUUACCGUUCGACGACAUAAUUUACUACUAUUUUUGGCCGCAUGAUAAAUAAUAUUUUUUUCUACAACAACCAUAGGCAGUGAUUUGCAAACUUUUUGUCCAUUCAACGCGGUUUACGGGUAGAAUGAUGAAAAUAUUCCCCUCUAAACUAAAUGUUAUGCACAUAAUUAUAUUCAUGUACAAAGUACGAAAAAUUUCAAUAAAAAAAGAGAAACAAAUUGUGGGCGCACUAUCUAGAGUAUCAUUGCGUCAUUGAAUAACGGAACAAAAGAUGUAAUGGAGAGACCUAUCAUGGCUUAUGCUCAUUAUUCGGAAGCCCUCAUUAAAUUUUCAAUGAACCCUAUUUCUAAUGAAUACUCACUAUUCAUUGUCAACGUGCACAUCCCUUCUCGUUCAUUCUCAUCAUUCUUCCCAUUUUACUCGACUCGAUUUUUUUUUCCCUCGUGUUAUCAAACUUUUAAUCUGCAAAUGACAGUGCCAUCAACUACCAGCAAAUUGCCACCAUUCCACGAAUAAGAUCAAUGGAGACAAGCAACAAUAAUACAAAUCAUAAUGGUGGAGGUAUCCUCCACUGAUUAAUUUAAUCACGUUGAUGUAUUUUCAAUAAUGUUAAUCGAAAAUAAAUA